AUGCGUGCCUUGAGCUGUUUUAUCAAAGAACUACAGCUCGUCCCGAAAGAAUCAAUGCCCCAGUUAUUCUUUUCGUCUCUCGCUUGUGAAUUCUAUUACGAUGAGAUAUUUGAAUUUUGUGUAAACGAAGGAGUGACGGCGGAUGUAUGUGUUCCUCAAUUCUUUAAGAUCACCACGGGCUUUGACUUGUCCAUCUGCUGGAACGAAGAUGUCCAAAAGUAUUUUAGAAAAUUGAAGUCAGGUGUAAAGAAUGUUAUCACCUUGGAGUCCCUUAAAGAGAAGCCGUUUUAUCCAGAAGAAGCUAAAGUGUCGGAAUUUACAUUGGAGAUCAUUCAGAAACCUCUUUCAG